CAUACCUCGUGUACCAAUGUUGUAUCCAGAGCCAAAAGUUCCAGCGAAUCAGUACGACGAGGAUUUCCGUUUGAGGAUUAAAGAAGCAAGUAUUUAGCACUUGUACUUUUCAACUUGUCAGUACUAUUGGGUGAUUUUUCAGUACAUUUUAUUUCAUUAUAAAGACGAUCCAAGCAAAUAUGACGGUGCUAUUACGGAAAUCAUGAAUAUGAAGCAGACUAUAAGCAGCUCUUAUGCCGAUGUCGAAACUGCAUGUGUACUGAAGCGUUAUUAUGCUCAAUUGUUGAUGAUGAAGAACCGCUUUCCUAUGGAAGAAGGCGAUUCCAUAAAGGUUUUGUACUGUUGGUACGUUCAUGUUCUUCAACUAUUUGCUACCAGCAUCAAAAACGCAUUUAUGCAUUUUCAAUACGCAGCGUGGCCACUGCAACAUCUUCGCGACAAUUUGAACGCUUCGAAAUAUGCUUCCAUUGAUUUUGACAAGGAGUUACUAACGUUCUUCAUCAAAGUUCUCUUGGGUCAAGCUCAAGAAUGUUUAUUGGAAAAGAGUCUAAUAGAUCAUCGUAGCAAUGUAGUUGUAACUAAACUUGCCGUACAUCUACGCGACAGAUAUCAGGAAUGUUUGCGUCAUCUUGAGAAUUCUAAUCUGUGCGACUACGUUUCCUCAAAGAAAUUCAAGGUUAGAUCGUGCACCUAUUUGUUGUUUGACAACAAUGUUUGGUACGGCUACUAUAAAUUAGCAGAUGAUCAUCUAAGCUCAAUUAUGAAGUUAGCAGAAAAGGAAGAUCGAGAGUCGAUGAAGGCUUCCAUAUCCUUCCUCGCUGAUGUUGUCGUUACAAAGUUAAAUAAUGCGAAGAAAGAGAAUGAAUUCAUCUUCCAUGAUCGAGUUCCGAGUUCGCAAGAGCUUUGUGAAAAACUAGAGGGUCUGUGCAAGGUACGACCUCUAUCUUUCGAUCCACUCGACAUAUCUGUAGGAGGCGAGGACUUGUUCGGCGCAUUACUGCCUGCAGGGGUUAUAAAAGCUGUGUCUGAGUACGAGGAGGAGAAGGAUAGGCUGAAACGUGAAGUAGUAGAACGAGUCAGUAGAAAGGACGAUGAAUUGAAGUGGGUCUUUUUUAAUCAUGCCUUCCUGGUUUCUUUGCGCAUAGAUGAAAUUGACUUGGAAGUGGAUUCGGCAGCUCCUAAUUUUCCCGAUAUGUUGCUUGAGAGAAAUGCAGCUCUAACAGCUCAACCAGAUGCUAUACCGAAGCUGCUUGAAAACUUACAGAGGGUUAGUGACCUUGCUCGUGAAGCGGAUACAAAGCUUGGUGAACUAACAGGGCGUAUGAGUGAUGUAGACCUUCCUCAAAUUACGGAAGAUGAGGGUUAUAAGGCGGUUAAAAAAGAAUUAGACAGGCUCACGGAGCACCAUCAGAAGGCGAGUAUUUUAUUGAUAUCGUACAAUUGUUGUUUUCGGUCCAACAAUGUGGAGCUACACAAAGCAAUCGCUGCUCACACUACGAACCUCCACUUGCUUAGUCUUCCUAUAUCUGAGCUUAGAAACAAGCUCUCGGGUCCACCUAUCAAUGCCGGUUCCACACCAGAAGGUGAGGCUCUUCGACGCUUGCUUGAGAAAACACGAGAGAUGCAAACCCAACGCAGUUCGCUAGUACAGAGACUCACAGAAGAGAUCAAUAAUGAUAAUAUAGCAAAAAAGUUGCUCUCAGAAAGAGAUUCGGACCAUAAGGAGACGUAUAUUGUUGAGCUGAAAAAGCACGAAAGCACCAAAAAAUACAUUGAUGCUAACCUUGAUGCUCAGGAAAAGAUCCUUUCGGCGCUUACAGAAGCCAAUGCUGAUUUUUCUGAAUUCAGAAAGAAAAUCAAGACACUGUUGAAUACGCGUUCGGAACACAUAAUGACACUGGUCACGGCUUAUGAUGUUUACUGUGAUGUUUGCAGUAAGGUGGAGGAUGGACGAAAUUUUUAUGUGAAGCUGCUGGAUCGCCUGAACAAGCUAGCAGUCGCCGUUGAGGGAAUUGAAACAGCAUGUAAGGUUGUUUUUUACGCGUUUUUUCUCUUCGGUUCAGAUAGUCUUAUGGAUUUUGGAGCUGAAAAACAACGUCGUGAAGCAGAGAAAAGAUCACAAGAAGAGAAAAUAGCAGCAUUUAAGCAAGCUAAUGAAGCGCCAGUUUUGCCGGUACAGGGAUUUGACCAGCACUCUCAGAAUACUUCCGAGAUCAGUCUGAAGAAUUCCGGUACUCAUCCAUGGGCUUCAUGCCUUCCCCAGCAGCAGGCACAAUUACCACCUGAUCAGUUGAUAUUAUCUAAGAAUGGUGCUUCAAACUUACCGACUAGCGUGCUGCCAACCUCUGCUCUAUCCAGCACUUCCUUACUUGAACGUAAUCCCGAAAUUGGCAUGCACACAAUCACUGGAUUACAAGUGAAUCAACAUGCACCGAUGACCUACCAGCAAGGACAUGAAUCCGUCAAUUCAGGAAUUACUAGUAUGCCACAAGCUCAUCCGAUGAGCAAAACAGUGUUAGAGAAGCAGGCAUUACAGCAUAGCAUACCUCCAUUACCCCAAACGUCACAUUUAAUUCGACAGCCGCCUCAAUUAGCAUCCAUACCAGCUUCCAGUGUUUCACCAUGGCAUUCUAAGGUGGUACAAAAUGUGAUGCAGUCGCCGUGGCAUGCAGGAGUUUCCGUCAAUACACUAAUGUCAGGCAAUUUACCAGUCCCUCCUGUUCAACUACAACAAUUCCAACAAAGUCAAUUGCUUCAAGACCAUGCAAAGGCUUUGGAAACACCUCAUAAAAAUGUCCCUAAUGUGGAUCUUCUGGAUGGGUUACCUGAGAACAACAAUCUACCGCCUGCGAUGAUUCCAUCUUCAAAAUCCGUGGAAAAUCAAAAUUUACUACAAACGUGUGCACCAUCGUUAUCAUCUUCAUCUGAGACGUUAACACUAUCUGCUAUUCAUCGUCUACCUGACACUGUUGGUAAUCCAGAUGAACAAAGUCAAGUGUCACGCCCUGCCGCCGCUGUAAUGCCUAUCCAAUACCAAGACACUCAUAGUACUUGUACGGAAACUGAACAAUCAACUUCUCGUAUACUACCGCUAUCGGACAUAACAGAUCCGACGAAGUUCGAACUUGGACCGUGUGAUAAAACUCGUCUGGAGAAACGCCUACUUCAUGAACAUAUUCGUAGCGGUGGGGACACUCCAUUACCAAAGCUGGAUCCUAAUGAUCCGUUGAAUACCAUUGAUCCUUUCUGGAAGACAAGAUGA